CGCGCCCCUCUUUUCAUCCAUUUCUCAAAUUCCCCUAACUUCUCUCUCUCACAUCGAUUUUCUCUUCUUCUCUCUCUAAAUUUCGGUUUCCCUUAGUUUCUUCUUUCUUCUCUCUUUCUCCAUACGGAGAAUCCUUAUAUAGACAAAAAAAUGUCGUCGCCCGGAACUUUUGGUAGCGGUGGAGGAGGAGGCGGUGCUACCGGCAAUCAACCGCAGAAUUAUCACUGCUACCAAUGUGAACAGACAGUUACCAUUACGCCAUCGCCAAACUCCGAACUCACAUGCCCUAAUUGCAAUGGUACGUUUCUAGAAGAAUCCGAAACCGCUCCACCACCUUCUAACCCUAAUAAUCCCGAUAAUUUUCCCUUCUUCUCCGCCGCCACUACCGAUGACCUCCCCUUCGGCGGCGGUGGCUUUCCGAUUGUUUUCUCCUCCAGUGCCGCUUCCCCUGCCGGCGGUGCCGUCGCUUUCGAUGAUCUCUCCGCGCUAUUGAGCAGUAUCGCUGGUGGUGCCGGCGGUGCCGCCUUCCCCAGUCGAUCCCCCAAUCAAUUCGAUCCUUUCGCUUUCCUCAACAACUAUAUGAGUACUAUGAGGGCCGGUGGUGCUAAUAUUCAGUUAGUCUUCGAGAACCAUCCUGGCGGUAGCGGUGGUGGUGAGUUUAGGUUUCCGGGGAAUUUCGGUGACUAUUUCCAUGGGCCUGGGCUGGAGCAAUUGAUCCAACAGCUUGCGGAGAAUGAUCCAAAUCGUUACGGGGCACCUCCAGCUGCGAAAUCGGCUGUUGCUGGGCUUCCGGAUAUUAAGAUCACAGUGGAAUUGUUGGAUUCGGAUUCAUCUCAAUGUGCUGUUUGUAAAGAUACUUUUGAACUCGGUGAGGAUGCAAAGCAGAUGCCUUGCAAACAUAUAUACCACAAGGACUGUAUAUUGCCAUGGCUGGAGUUGCAUAAUUCUUGCCCUGUUUGUCGCUAUGAAUUGCCCACCGAUGAUCCUGAUUACGAGAAUAGGAGAACAUCACAACAGCAGAAUGCAAAUUCGAAUGCCAAUAAUAGUAACAAUAACAAUACAAACAACAACAAUAAUACUGGUUGGAUAUUUGGGGGUUCAGAAGGUGGUGGGGGGAAUCAGGAGAAUUCUCAGACACCUAGGACAGUUGAGGGCAGGCUUAGGAUACCAUUACAAUGGCUUUUCAGGGGACUUGGAUCACCUGCUGAGACGAGCAAUAGUGGAGGAGCGAGCGGCAAUGAUACUAACAAUAGAAACAACGACAACAACCAUACGAGCAACAAUUCUCGUGGUGGGGAGUCAAAUCCAGGUUCUGGAGGGCAAGCACGGCAGGAGGAUCUCGAUUAAUUACAGAGUUAUGAGGUUCUUACUCUUAUAAGCAGCUUUCUCAUGUCAUGUUGACUUAGUUCUUACAAAAACAGGAUUGAAGAGAUGAGUCCCCUUCUCAAAAAGCAGGAGUGCAGGGAGAGAGGGGAGGUUUGGUGAAAAUGCAAGUGUAAAUCGUCACUUUCCACAUCUCUUUUGCAGUUACUGAUUUCAUUAAGUUUUCUACAUGACUAUAUAUGGGAGUGUUUGCAUGUUCUGCGUUGUGAAUCAGCAAUGUGUAUCAUUGUAGUUCCUGGCUGAGGUUACUUAGGUGACAGUCGUUUAUUUUGUCCUUAUCCUGUUUCAAAUUUGUGCUGAGGAGGCUAUUUAGCAGUCAUGUCAAUAUUUUUGUUGUUAUGCAGUAUCAUGCCUUUCCUGAUAGAGCAUGAUUAGCUUAUGGUUGAAUUUAACUAAAACCUCCUCCAAUUUCCAAACAAAUUUUCAGAAGUUAUGAUGUAUAGUUUGUGAUUCAUUUUA